AUGCAGAUCCUCAAGGCUGCUGCCGGCCUGGCUCUCCUGGCCGGCCUCGUCUCUGCCCAUCCGGGACAUGACGUCUCCAAAGAAGCGGCCGAGCGCCGCGAAUUCCUCCAGACUGCCAAGCGUACUUCGCUGGCUCACUGCGCCGAGAAGCUCAAAGCUCGCGGCAUCGAGGCUCGAAACCACGCUCGUCGUGAGGCUGCCAUCCAGAAGGCUCGCGCUAAGCGUGGUCUGAACGGCGUCCUGGGCCGCCGCGCUAUCGGCGAUGUCCUGGCCAAAGAUCACAACAAGACCGCCCUUGGCUACACCCCUAACACCGACCCGGCUACCCUGUUUGCCGGCUACCAGUCCUGCCUGUUGACCCCGGAGGUCACUGAGGGCCCUUACUACGUCGCUGGCGAGUACGUCCGCCGCAACCUUGUUGAGCAGCAGCCUGGUGUUCCUCUGCUGCUCGAUUACCAGGUCAUCGACGUCAACACGUGCGAGCCGGUUCCCAAUGUCUUCCUUGAAAUGUGGCACUGCAACUCGACCGGUGUCUAUGGCGGGGUCGUCGCCCAGGGCAACGGCAACAGCAAUGACCAGAGCAACCUGAACGCCACCUGGCUGCGCGGCAUCCAACCCACAGAUGAGGACGGUGUCGCUCAGUUCGAGUCCAUCUUCCCUGGCCACUACACCGGCCGCACGACCCACAUCCACGUCAUGGUGCACACUAACGCGACUCUGUUGUCCAACGGUACGCUCGGGGCCCACGUUCAGGGCAGCCACGUCGGCCAGACCUUCUUUGACCAGGCGCUCAUCAACGCCGUCGAGGCCCUCGCUCCGUACAACACCAACCGCCAGCCACUGACCACCAACGCCCGGGACGGCAUCAUGGCCCAGGAGGCGGCCACCAACGGCGUCGACCCCGUCAUGGAGUACACUCUGCUGGGCGACAAGCUGGAGGACGGUCUCUUCGCCUGGAUUGCCUUCGGCAUCGACAAGAACUAUGUCCGCACCGUCACCCCGGCCGUCUACCUCACUGAGAACGGUGGCAAGCCCAACGAGAACGGCGGUCUUCCUGGUGUCCCCGGCGGCCCGGGCUUCCCUGGUGGGCCCUUUCCUACCGGGGGCUUUCCCGGUGGCCCGUUCCCGACUGGCUCCCCGUUCCCAUUUCCGACGGGCGGCUUCCCUUGGGGUCCCUUCCGCCGUCGCAACAACCGCAACUAA